AUGACCAUCAAGGACACCAUGACACAAUGGGCGACAUCGCCUGGUGCUACACCUGUUGUGCCACUCGGGUCGCAAGGAUUCUUGGCCGUUUUGUUCUCUCUUGUAGCGCUGGCGGGCACCGGUGUGUUUCUCACCUCGAGCUCUAAAACCACCAGCACUGCGCUUUUUAGCGCCCUUGUAGCGUCCCUGGCCACUGGAUUUGGCGCCGUCUACAUUGUUAACGCUGUUCACGUGUACACCGGUUAG